AUGGACCGCAUGAGGGAGGAGAACUACGUCUUGACCUGCAGGUUGAUGCAGCACGCAGUUCUCGCAGGCUUGAUUGCAAUUCCAGUGACUCACGGCGAAGACCUCGCCAUAUGUAUCGGCAUGAUGCUUUGCGGCCUCUUCAUCUAUGGAGUGCACACAUCUCUGGCGAAUGGAUCGCUUUGUUUAUCCGCCAGAGGCCUCAGAUAUCUCUUUGCCACCUACUACUUGAUGUUCAUGGUAUUCGUUGGUUUUUCUCCCGACGCAUCUGGCCCUGCGGCCACCGCCAAUCAGAAGCAAAUAUUGGCAGCCCAAUUUGCUGCAGUUGUUUGCUUCGUGGACAGCCGAGUUCAUGUGCCUGGGCAGAUGGCAAUGUUUGUCUUUGAAGCUGGCCGCUACUUUGCACUGAGAGGCUGGGAUUCUGCUGCAGCAGAGUUCCUGUCGUACCAGUUUGUCUGCACGAUGCUUAUCAUUGCAGCAUCAGUAGUGCACGAACACACCCUCCGGGAACGCCUGUCUGCACAGUUCCGACAUGUAGAUGCGGAGUCCAUGAUCUCCAGUUUCCGGACCCUGCUGAGGGGCAUCUGUGACGGUGAAAUACUUCUAGAUGAGAAUAUGCGGAUUCAGGAUGGUGGUACUGGGCUCAACCGUCUCUUAGAGACCAGCGGUAGUCUCGAGGGUAGAGAGUUUGAGGAGGUCUUGGUCCAAGACGCAGACGAGAAGGACCGCUUCCACAACUUCAUAUCCACAGAAGAACCUGUAGUUUCGGGUGCUCCUCCGUGCCUGCGUGUCUCUCUGCGUCCCAGUGGACGUCUAGGUGUGGAUCUUUUUCAAGUCGCAGUUCCCCACUUGUAUGGCUGUAAAGGUGCCUACCAUCUGCUUGCCAUGAAGUUGGAUGCCGAGUACUGUGCAAUGCCCGAGGCCCCUGCUUGCGUGCCAGAAAUCCCAACCUUUCAAUACCACAAGCCUUUCUCUUCAAGAGCACCUGGCUCUCGACGUUCAGACCGCUCGGGAGGCUCCCUGCUUCACACGACUCCCCACCUGAAAGAAAUCAUGCUACUGGUGGAUGCUAGCAAUCGGCAUGCAGUUCAGCAGGUUCAUUUGAGCUAUCAGGAUCGAAAGCGAGGAGCAAGCAGAUCAGAGAGGGACAGCCCAAAGAGCUCGCGUGAGUGCAUGCCAGCUCUGCGAGAUUUUAUUCGGCCAACAGAGUGGGGGACGGUGCAGAGCAAGGUGCAGAAGUAUGUAGCCCGGUGCGACAAUUCUUCGGAAGUAUCCCUGGGCCACAUAUGGAUAAAAAUGUUUGACCGUGCUUCAACGUACAUCUUGGCGCGCCGAGCCAAGCUGAAACCUCGAGCAUCGGGAGAUGGCUCUGGUUUUGGACAGCUCUGGUUGCACCUGAAAGAUUUCACCUCUGAACCAGCAGAGCAAGGUAUCCCAAGUGAGCUGGAGUACAUUGGUGAGGCCGGCGCAUGUGAGUCAGACCCCGACCCAGAGUAG